AUGUGGUCAUGGUGGAUAAUAAUGGCCGCCGGUGCCUUCCCCUCCAGCUGUGACCGGCUCUGUGUGAACGGCUCGGCUCAGACCGCCUACGACGUGGCCAAGUUCUGGGGCCACGGCCACAUCGCCGCCCUGCUGGCCCGCUCCGGCGGCGGGGGGGGGCUCUCCGGGGGGGGGCUCGCCGGGGGGGGCGGCGCGCAGGAGAACUUCUUCAGCCGGGAGCCGCUGGACCGGCUGAGCAGCCGGCGGGCCGACGCGGUCUGGAUGGACGCCACGCAGAGCCGGCUGGACUCCGUCUACCUGCUGUUCUCCAGGCUGAGCCCCAUGGUCAGCACCGGGGCAAAGGUCAGCGCCGGGGCAAAGGGCCCCUGCCGGCUGCGCCGCCUGUCCUACCAGGCGGUCAGAGACCUGCUGCAGCAGCCUGAGAGCGUGCUGGUCUUCCUGGGCGUGGAGAGGGCGGCGGCCGGGGGGGCGGAGCCUCGGGCCUGGUUCGCCCUGGACUCCAGCGAGGACGCCGGCGAGCUGCUGAAGCGCGGCGGCGGCCAGCAGGAAUGCAGCUUCCUGACCACGCCCAACCGGGACCUGCUGAGGCUGAGCGAGGAGGAGGCCGGCGUGGUGGCCCAGGCGCGCUCGGUGCUGGCGUGGCACGACCGCUACCGCUUCUGCCCCACCUGCGGCGCCCGCACGCGGCCCGAGGACGCCGGCUACAAGCGCAGCUGCCUGGAGCCGCAGUGCCGCAGCCGGCAGGGCGUCCACAACACCUGCUACCCCCGCGUCGGUACGGGCCCCGCCCACAACCCCCCCGCCAGCCCCGCCCACAACGCCACCCUCAAGAACCUCAGUUUAAAUCAACAGAAAGAAAGGAAGGUUUAG